AUGGCUGAAGGUGCUCAAGACUAUUCGGCCGAUGUGCCGCCUGUAGCGGCUGAAGCUGCUCCAAUCAUGGCCCCCAUUAAUAUGGUACUUCUCGCCGUAUUCGUCUUUCUGGUCUACUUGAGGUUGCGGCCGACUCCUCCCCCAACGCUCCCCAAAGGACCGCCUCCAACCGUUUUCCGAACAUUCACUCCCCGUACACUACUUCCGUUUAACGGCGAGAACGAACAACCUGUAUAUCUAGCUGUCCGCGGCCGCGUCUUUGAUGUGACACCGGGCAAGAAUUUCUACGGUCCGAGCGGGCCUUACGCAAAUUUUGCCGGUCGAGACGCCAGUCGUGGUCUGGCCUGUGGAAGUUUCGAAGAGGAUAUGUUGACCAAGAACCUUGACGGACCACUGGACCCUCUAAAUGACCUGAAUGACGAGCAGAAAGAAGCUCUCGAGGGCUGGGAGGGCAUGUUUGAAGGCAAAUAUCUGGUGGUUGGAAAGCUGGUUGCAGCCGGAAGCCAGGAAGCAAAGGCCGCUGAGGCAUAA